UGCUAGUGCGCACUGGGCAUCAAAAGCGCAGAUAGAGGCAAAACAAUGUCACAAAAGAGGACAUAUCCUUCAGGUGCAGAAAAAAGGAAGAAGAAGAAAGUGGAAGAGGAGAAAAAAUACCAUGAUAAAGGAGCAUUGUUAAAAUACUUUGGAGGCACAGAAUCAGCCCAGAGCCAGUCCACAUCCUCAGGCUCAACUGUGAGUGAUGAAUCAGUGCUCUCUCACACACCUCCAUCCUCUGUGCCCACUGUCCCCUCCAUGUCUGAAACCACAGCUGAUUUAUCUACAACUUCCACCACAACGUCCCCUUCACACCAUGGACCAUCAUCAGCUCCGCCAGUUGACCCAGCUGAGUGGCCUUCUUUCCUCUCAGAUUCAGACAGGACUGAGCAGGUAUUUCAAGAUGUCCCGGGGGCCGUACUGAAGACGCCGCAGGGCCGCACAGGAUGACAGUUCUGUAAUAUACGAAGCCCUUCCUGUUCCAUUUUUAUUACAGUUCUCCAAAAUAGGAGGACAAGCAAAAAUGGAGGUGGAGAUGUGGAAGGUGCACGCCACGCUACAGACGGCGCUGGAUGGCAACGUGGCGAAUUCGACACCUCCAAAUGUGGAGGAAAUAGCGGAGGGGAAGAGGUGUCAGGCAACAUGCAAUGUUUCGCCUCACAGAGGAAGGAAAUGCACUGUCACUUCUGGAAAGGCGUGCAGCCGGCAGGCGCCUCCGCUCCAGCGCGCCAUCCCGGGAGACGCCUCAUAAAAAAAUACCACAAAGUGUUUGUGGCGGUCGCCAUCGCAUUGUUUUUGCUUCCCUUUUUGUCACUUUUUGCUUGUUAAAGCGGACGGGGAAUAAGUGAAAGGAAGGGGGCGGCAAUUUCCACCGAAAAGGUGCUGACGGCUUCCAGGAAGUGCGAGUGAGGACAAUAUAAGGAGACGCGCGGAGCCCAUGAAGUCACAAUCGUCUCAGCUCGUCAACCAACCAGAGACAUCUGCUGUACAAGAUCAUCUAAAAUGGAAUUCUGCUGUGGAUUAUUUGGCAAGAAGUUCACUUCAUGGAGCAGCUUGGCGUUUAUUUUCUCAAUGCUUUGCAUGCAGACAAGCGUGGAGUGCUGGUCCUACUUCUACUCCAACAACACCAUGGACUGGGAGCAAGCCCGAGUGUGGUGCCAGGAGCGCUACACCGACAUGGUGGCCAUCCAGAACCAGGAGGAGAUCGCACAUCUUAACAGCUGGCUGCCCAAGAUGCCCACCUAUUACUGGAUCGGCAUCCGUAAGGUCAACAGCACCUGGACGUGGGUGGGCACCAACAGGGCUCUCACGGCCGAGGCCACCAACUGGGCCCUGGGGGAACCCAACAACGGCAAGAGCGGGCAGGUGCUAGGCAGGAGCGAGGACUGUGUGGAGAUGUACAUCAAGAGGGGAUCGCAGCCCGGGAAGUGGAACGACGAGAGAUGCGAGAAAAAGAAAACGGCCUUGUGCUACACCGCCGCUUGUCAGAAAGACUCCUGUGUCCAUGGAGAAUGUGUGGAGACCAUUAACAGCCACAUGUGCCAGUGCUUUGAAGGCUUUUAUGGAGACAAGUGUGAGCAUGUGGUUCAGUGCAGCAAAGAUGAGCUGACCGUGCCUCCCAAAGGGAGCGUAGACUGCACCGGCAAACACGGCGACUUCUCCUUCGACUCCCUGUGCCAAUAUUCCUGCGAGGACGGCUACCAGCUGAGCAGGCCCGGGCCCUUAAGGUGCACCGCCUCUAAGAGCUGGUCAGAGCCGCCUCCAACAUGCAAUGUGGUCCGGUGUUCGGAGCUGUCGCGUCCAGAAAGAGGAUCUAUGACAUGUCGGGACCCCGUGACCUCCUCUGGCUUCCAGUCCUCGUGUGUGUUCGCCUGCCAUGAGGGCUACGUCCUGUCUGGCUCCCAGUCUCUGCGAUGUGAAGCGUCGGGAAGUUGGAACGCCUCGCAACCGACUUGUGUUGCUGUCCAGUGUCCCGCCCUGCCUGGCUUGGACAACGGUACAGUCCACUGCGGAGAGGACCCGGAUGUGAGGUUCAGUUACGGGAGCACCUGCACGUUCAGCUGCACCGCCGGCUAUCAGAUGGUGGGGGCCAGCACGGCGACGUGCACGUCAGCUGCAGAGUGGAGCGAGACGAUGCCUCGCUGCCAAGCAAUAACAUGCCCCGCCCCUGACCUUCCCAAGAGAGCCCAAAUGAACUGCACCUCCUCCCUCCUCCCAUCAUGGACCCCCUACCCACAAGAUACAGUCUGCACCUUCAGCUGCGACGAAGGCUUCGAGCUCCAAGGUGCCCUCAGCGCGGCGUGCACGCAGUCAGGCCUGUGGACCGCCACGCCUCCUACAUGUCUAGCUUCCACGUCUCAGUUUAACGCCAUCACGGCCGGUGCAACAAUAGGGGGCGCCGUGUCCCUGUCUACUCUGUCUGUGGUGAUGUGGGUGCUGAAACGACUGAGGAGGAAAGCAAACAAGUUUGAGUUGAGCAGCAACUCUGACAUUGAGGACCCCCCUCAGGUGUACAAGAACAGCAUUGACAGUCUCAUCUAGGAUGCCAGCAGUCAUUUGACUUCUUUUAAGCCCAAAAAUGUAGAAAAAUGUGUUCUGUAAAUGUCAUUGACAUGUAUUUCCUCCCAAAGGGAGUUUUUGUUGUUGUUGUAUGGAGCACAUUGUUCUACACCUUCAGAAACAUGCUGGAAAUGUGUGAUGUUAUGCAACGUAAUCGUGCACUGCCAUGUUCUCACUAAGCUGUGACUAAUUUACUAUAUUUAUGUCAUAUUUUGUUAUUAUUUAUGAUGCGUCAUUUACACAAACCAUGUCUUAAUUUUCCUUCAUUCCUGUGAUUGUAUUCAUGAAAUUUAUUGUUGUAAUAAAAAGGAAACUCAU